AUGGACGUCGCUCGUACGUCCAUGAUCCAUGCGCCUGCUCCCCAUUUUCUGUGGCCGUUCGCGGUUCAGUACGCUGCGCAUCAUAUCAACCUUCAGCCUCGUGUCUCCUUGCCGGAGACCACACCUACUCUGAGGUGGGCAGGGAAGGUUGGCGAUGCGUCUGCUUUCCGUGUCUGGGGAUCUCGAGCUUUUGUCCGCGAUACUUCAGCGGACAAGCUGUCCUCCCGUACCGUUCCCUGUGUCUUCCUUGGCUUCCCCCCUGACGCACCCGGGUGGCAGUUCUACCACCCCACCUCGCGUCAUGUUCUGUCCUCUCAGGACGUCACGUUUGACGAGUCGGUGUCUUACUACCGUCUCUUUCCCUACCGCACUGCCUCUCUCCCCCCCCCACCGCUCUUUCUAGCACCAGGUACUCCCCCGGUAGACCCCCUCCCCCCCCAGGGUCCUGCCCCCUCAGGUGUGUCCCAGGUAGACCCUGCCGAGCCGGUCGAGGUAGCUGUCGACUCAGGUGCUGCUAGGGGUGCUGAGCCUGCGGGUGCGGGGACUGGGGGUGCGGGGAAUGGGGGUGUGGGCACUGGGGGUGCUGAGCCUGAGCGUGUGGAGCCUGGAGCCUGA